UGCUCAGCAUUUUCUCUUGCUGAAAACGUCAGGUGAAAUUCAUGAAGAAAUCUCAACCAUCUAUGCAUUAUAUAUACCGCUCUUCCCUUUGGUUGAUGCCACACAAUUUCAUAUCAAUCAAACCCUCUCGACACACAAAAGAAUAACAUAACUGCUUACUUACAUUACACCCAAAUGGCUCCAAGUUUUGAUAAUGGCAGUUCACUUUUCAACUUUGUCGUCAGAGAUGGAAAUGGCGUCAAAGGAAUUGUGGACGCUGGAAUAUCAAAGGUCCCCCAGGCUUACAUUCAACCACUGGCGGAGCAGAUUGGUAAGAAAAAUGCAAGCAAACAUGAGCUGCCUCCCAUUGAUUUGUCGAGGCUUUAUGGCCCUGAUCAUGAUGAAGUGGUCAAGGAAAUUGUUAGAGCAGCUGAGACGCUUGGCUUCUUCCAGGUUGUGAACCAUGGAGUUCCUGUAGAACUACUCGAGUCUCUUAAAGAGGCCGCACAUAACUUUUUCGGGCUGCCUCCCGAGAGGAAGGCUGUCUAUCGCAAAGAAGUGAGUCCAACCCCGUUAGUGAAGUAUGGGACGAGCUUUGUGCCAGAGAAAGAAAAAGCAUUGGAGUGGAAAGACUACAUUAGCAUGGCCUACACUAAUGAUGCUGAAGCUCUUCAACAUUGGCCUGUAGAAUGCAGGAAUGUUGCUCUUCAGUAUUUAAACUCAUCGCUUGAAAUGGUGAGGAAAUUGGUGGAAGCCUUGAUGGAAAACCUUGGAGUGGAACUACAUGACUCACAAAUUGAUAUAUUGAUUGGCAAAAAGAUGGUUAACAUGAAUUUUUAUCCGACAUGUCCUAACCCUGAACUCACAGUUGGUGUAGGGCGACACUCUGAUAUGGGUACCCUUACAAUCUUAUUACAAGAUGGAAUUGGUGGUUUGUACGUGAAAGUUCCGGAAGAUGUGGAUAUGGAAAAGAAGGGAGAGUGGGUAGAGAUUCCUCCUAUUCCUGGUGCCUUGGUCAUCAACAUUGGCGAUAUGUUACAAAUAUUAAGCAAUGGAAGGUACAAAAGUGCAGAGCAUAGAGUUCGUACCACAAGCACAAAAUCAAGAGUAUCUAUACCGAUAUUUACUAGCCCAAAACCAACAGACAAGAUUGCACCAUUGCCUCAAGUGGUAGAGAAAGAUGGAGUGGCUCGUUAUAGAGAAUUUUUAUUCUCAGAUUAUAUGAACAGCUUUUUUGGAAAUGCACAUGAUGGCAAAAAAUCUCUUGAUUUUGCUCAAAUCAAUUCUGCUUAG